AUGCAACAUUCAUGUUCACAUACAUGCCAACAUGUUGAUGAAACCAAUGUUGGCCAAUGGAAUUUAUAUACAAAAAUUGAUAAAUAUAAUUUACAAUGUUAUAAUGAAAAACAUGAUGAUUCAGGUAAAGAUGUAUUUCGAGCAUGGGAAGAACGUCUUGAUCGAUCAAAAGUAGUUGAAAGUGAUGAUGAACAAGAAUUACUUUUCAGUAUACCAUUUAAUGGUGCUGUGAAAAUAACUGGUCUAUGUGUUAUUAGUGAAAAUGGUCCAUCACAUCCGAAUACAGUUAAACUAUAG